AUGGAAGCUUUGUGGGAUUUGGAAGACAAAUUGAAGUUCUCAACACUAGGUGCUAUUCUUCUACUAGCUUGUGCAUGCAUUGCACUUGUUUGCCUUUGCAGUGUAAUUGCACUUAAAAGGAAGGCCUGUAAUAAUAAGAUUGUGCACCAAGAGGGUGCUAUAGAAGAGAAUGAGACUCAUAGCACAAAUAAUGCUACUGCUACUGCUACUGCUAUUGCUACUGCUACUACUACGUCUACAGAAUGGUCGGAACCGAGUUGUGGGUGGAUUUCAGUGAAGAGGGUGCUGACGGGGUCAAUGGUGUGGAGCAAGGCACGCAAAUUGGAAGAGAACAUUGGAUGGCAGAGGGAGAGGGGAUCCCCAUUGCUUGGCUUACAAAGGCUACAUGGUCUUGAAAGUGGAUGGCAAAGUCAUAACUCAACAUCAGCAGUGUGGCAAAGACCAAUACUGAGAGGGGAGAGGUGUGAGCUACCAAGUUUUAGUGGCCUCAUUCUCUAUGAUGAUAAAGGAAGGCUGCUUCAUGAUUUAGAGAAUGAGACACACUGCAAGGAAAUUUCAAUUUCAACACAGGAAAAUGGAGAGAUUACAGUGAGAACUACUUUAAGAGAUUUACUAUAGUACUGUCACUGGUCUUUCUUUCUCUUGUAAGUUGUAUCAGACAGAGAUCAAUGACAUAAUGUGAUCUAGUUUUAAUAUGC